UACUACGUUUACCUCCUGGCCUUAGGCGCAGCCGCGGACGGUUAGGCCCGGCGAGUUGAUCCACCUUGGUUCGACCGUUUCAUCUGGGCGCAGACCGUCUCUUUGCUUUUGGCAGCUAGGCUGUGAGUGUCCAUUCCCCCGUCUAAUUCCUUUAUCCCGAAGGUACCUUUGGGUUCCACCCCGCGGCCUGCAGUUGCUCCCCGGGAAUUGCUAUGAGAUGAUGGCUUGUCGCGCCUUCAACAGAGCCCAUUUAUAUAUGAUGCCCUUUCCUCUGCCCAUCUUCGUAUCUGCUCUUCUCUGCCCAUGCCCUCAACCUCCCUGUGAUCACCGUUGCCCCGUGACUCGACCGUGGUCAUGAGAUAGUCCCUCAGCACCUUUGCUUGCAACAUUGUUCUCUUUCUAUCGCAGCAUCCUACCUCUCCCACCAAAUCCGCACAUUCCUAGCCCUUUUCAUAUAGUCUAUACAAUUCCAGGACGGGCUGCAUCGUGCUGACGCCAUGUCCUACUCGUCCGUAGCAGUCCGUCACUUCACGGCUCCUAAGCCCAUAGGAAGCGCAAUGGAUUCUUUUCGCUCGCACCAAUCCCCUGAGCCCAAGAUCAAGCCGUCUACGAUCCCUACAUCGGUGAAUGGGGUGACGUCAGAGCCGUCCAAGAAGGGCAUCACAUUCGCCAACCAGGAUUCCCUACCCAAGCUACCCAUCCCAGACCUCGAGAAAACAUGCAAGAGAUAUCUUGAUGCUUUAGCCCCACUGCAGACACCCCGAGAGCAGGAUGAGACGAGAGCAGCUGUGCAGGACUUUCUCAAGUCGGAAGGGCCUAUUCUUCAGGAGAAGCUGAAAACCUAUGCCUCGUCAAAGACCAGCUACAUUGAGCAGUUUUGGUACGACUCGUACUUGAACUAUGACAGCCCUGUUGUAUUGAACCUUAACCCUUUCUUCUUGUUGGAAGAUGAUCCAACCCCUGCGAGAAACAACCAAGUGACCAGAGCCGCCUCCCUCGUUGUCUCUGCCUUGUCUUUUGUCCGAGCCGUUCGACGGGAGGAACUCCCUCCCGACACAGUCCGGGGCACGCCCCUCUGCAUGUAUCAAUACUCUCGCCUCUUCGGCACAGCGCGUGUACCGACGGACAAUGGGUGCGUGAUCGGCCAGGAUCCUCAUGCAAAACAUAUUGUUGUGAUGUGUCGGGGCCAGUUCUAUUGGUUCGACGUGCUGGAUGACAACCAUGACUUGAUCAUGAAUGAGAAGGAUAUUGCUGUCAAUCUCCAAGUGAUCAUUGGGGAUGCUGAACAGACACCCAUCCACGACGCUGCGAAGGGGGCUCUUGGUGUUCUGAGCACGGAGAAUCGCAAGGUGUGGUCUGGACUGCGGGACAUCCUCACCAAGGACGAGGGAUCAAACAAUGCGGAAUGUCUGAAUAUCGUGGACACCGCCUUGUUUGUUUUGUGUCUGGACUACACCGAACCCCACAACACGUCUGAGCUCUGCGCCAACAUGCUCUGCGGUACGAGCGAAGUGGUCCGAGGUGUGCAAGUCGGUACUUGCACCAACCGGUGGUACGACAAACUGCAAAUCAUCGUGUGUAAGAAUGGCAGUGCAGGGAUCAACUUCGAACACACUGGUGUUGAUGGCCAUACGGUCCUUCGAUUUGCCAGCGACGUCUACACGGACACCAUACUCCGUUUCGCCCGGACGAUCAACGGUCAAGCACCCAGCCUUUGGGCCACGGCCAGCCCGGACCCUUCCAAACGCGACCCUCGAAGCUUCGGUAACGUCAGCACGACACCUCGCAAGCUGGAGUGGGAUAUGGUGCCUGAACUCAGCAUUGCUUUGCGGUUUGCCGAGUCCCAUCUCUCCGACCUAUUACAGCAGCAUGAGUUCCAAGUACUCGACUUCAAAGGGUUUGGCAAGAACUUCAUCACCUCGAUGGGAUUCUCCCCUGAUGCGUUUGUGCAAAUGGCAUUCCAAGCCGCAUACUACGGGCUCUACGGGCACAUGGAGAACACCUACGAACCGGCGAUGACUAAAGCCUUUCUACACGGUCGGACCGAAGCUAUCCGGACGGUGACCAACGAGUGUGUCGACUUUGUCAAGGCCUUCUGGGGGGAUAAUCCGGCAGAACAGAAGGUCACCGCUCUGCGGAAAGCGACCGAGAAACAUACGGCCAUCACCAAGGAAUGUUCCAAGGGCCAGGGACAAGACCGGCAUCUGUAUGCCCUGUACUGCCUAUGGCAGCGGUCCUUCGAUGACGGCGCUUCGUUCGCGAGCAACAGUGUAGUCAGCAGCUCUAAUGGGUACACUAGCCCUACUGAAGGCCCGAUGGAGUCACCUAAAUCCUCCUCUUCGAUGUCGGAGGAUGGACUGUCCUCCAGUGGCUACGUGCGCGGCAUGCGCACCAUGCCCGCCAUUUUUAGUGAUGGUGGCUGGGAUAAAAUCAACACCACGGUGCUGUCGACCUCCAACUGUGGCAACCCGUGCCUACGACACUUUGGCUUCGGGCCCACGUCUGCAGACGGCUUUGGAAUCGGCUACAUCAUCAAGGACGACUCGAUAUCGUUCUGCGCGUCGUCGAAGCACCGGCAGACCGCGCGUCUGAUGUACACAUUGGAGUCGUACCUGAUGGAGAUCCGCAAGCUGCUGCGGGCCGUCAACCAGCGGCCAGCGAGCCCGCGCACGAGCAGGGCACGCGAGAUGGAGAUGAUUGCCGAGCGGCUCCAGGGGGAUCACCGCCGGGGCCGGAUCGUCCGGGGCGACCCGGGCCAGCUGAAUCGGGGUGCCGAGACACCCACGACGGACAGUGGAGAACUCGAGGACGAUGGCAUGGGCGGAUACGGAUUCUUCGAUGCAGGGAUGCUGCUCCACGCGCUCAAGGGGCUGAAUGCAGACCGGGAGCGGGGCACCGAUAAGCCUGAGAAACGUCGGUUUGUCGGGAAGAAGCUGCGGCUGAAUGACUAUUGAGGAUUAUUAACUGGUGAAUGCUUGCAUUGUUUUGUCUAUAACGAGUGUAAUUAGCCAUGACGGGCGUUGGGCGCAUCUAGUUCUAGUCGAUACCUAUGCGAGAGAUGAUUUGCAGCAGCGUCUAGUUCCCCACCAUCUCUUUCCGAUGAGAUGCAUAAACCUCGGGAGUCCACUGCAUCCGCCAUCCAGAUGGCGAUGAAACAGCUGUCCUACUAGUCAUGUACAUCCAUGCGGACGCCACUAGCCGACGCAGACCCUCAACCACGCCACGCCGGUUGAUUCUUG